CACAAUCCUGCCUUAGUUACAAGACCCCUCUCCUUCCGUCACACACAUUGCUCUCUCCUACUGCAAACGUGGAACUCUCUUGCGUCAUACCGGUCUCUUAAGAGCAGUUUGAGAGAGUUUUGCUCUAGUUCUUGCAUUUGCUUCCAGUGAAGAUCAUCCAGGUGGCCUUCACCUGACUCGACAGUUUUUUUUUACCCUUACACACAGCUCGUUGGCGGGUAGAAGCGCUGACCCGCCAUGUUUCUGGUUCUGUUGGUGACAGAUGAGUUGAGGCAGCUCCUGGCCAGGGCAAGAAAUGGGACUGGGCGUCUCAUCCAGGUGCUGAUCCGAGAUGAGCAGUUGGUUCCGGGUGCAUACCGUGAGCCCUCUCAGUCCUGGGAAAAAGAUUAUGACCCCUUCCUUCUUCCUCUACUCGAUCCCCAGGAGCCUUGCUACAUCCUGUAUCGCCUUGACUCCCACAAUGCCCAGGGAUAUGAGUGGAUCUUUCUUUCUUGGUCACCUGACCAGUCUCCAACCAGACAGAAGAUGCUGUAUGCUGCCACUCGUGCAACAGUGAAGAAAGAAUUUGGUGGAGGGCAUGUAAAAGAUGAGCUCUUUGGCAAUGUGGUGGAGGAUGUUUGUCUUCAGGGUUACCUUCGUCAUGUAUCAUCAAUCUCCAGCCCUGCUCCUCUCACACACGCUGAGCAGGAGCUGCAGAGAAUCAAAACCACAGAGUGCAGAGUUAAGCAGGUUAUUACAGAGAUGAGUGUGGAAACUAAGCCCCAGACGUUACAGGGCCUGGCCUUUCCGCUACAGGCAGAGGCUAAACACGCUUUACAACACCUCGCUAAGAAACACAUUAACUACAUCCAACUGAGGCUGGAUACUGAGAAAGAGACCAUUGAGCUGGUACACACUCGACCCACAGAGACACAUGAUCUUCACAGCAGGAUCCCAACAGACACUCCACGCUAUCACUUCUUCCUCUAUAAGCACUUGCAUGAGGGAGUCUACCUAGAAUCUGUUGUGUUCAUCUACUCGAUGCCGGGCUACCGCUGUAGCGUUAAGGAGAGGAUGCUGUAUUCCAGCUGUAAGAGUCGGCUGCUGGAGGGGGUGGAGCGGGACUACCAUAUAGAGGUGGUCAAAAAGUUGGAGAUAGAAAGCGGGGAUGAGUUGACGGAGCAGUACUUGUAUGAAGAAAUCCACCCUAAACAGCAUGCUCACAAGGAGGCGUUCGCCAAACCUCGUGGUCCUGCAGGGAAAAGAGGAAAUAAACGGUUGAUUAAAGGAGUGGGAGAGAAGGUUGUGAACAGCUAGACAGGAAAGCACAUGGGAAGCAGGUCCCUGCUCUUCCCUCCAGGGAUCUGAAGAUUUUGCAGUGUUAAGGCAUGACAGGAUGAACGAGGUUGAAAUGUGGUCUCCAGUUGUUUUUAUUCUUAUUGAUUGUGAUGCUUUGUUUUGUUUUGUUUUUUAAUUUUUAUUAGCUUGCGUUUCAUAAGUCGUGUUUCUUUUAAUCAUUCAUGUUUUAAAAAAUGUGUACACACUCAUCAAGAAAAGAAAGGGAUCUCAGGAAUUCAUUCAGUAUCUGUAAAUUGUCUGUUCAUGCUUUUUAUUCAUUCAGAAAUUGAAACUUGACAAUCAUGUUUCAUGCACAAAUUCAAUUAGGGUCAGUUAUCAAA